AUGGAGUCGAAACCCAAAACCCGAAACACGACGAAGAAACCUGUAUCCAUCACGAUGGAGCAUGUUCUAUUGGCGUUACGUGAGACCAUGGAAGAGAGAGAGAUCAGGAUUCGAAGUUUGUUCGAUUUCUUCGAUAAUUCGAACCUAGGGUUUUUAGAUUAUGCCCAGAUCGAAAAGGGUCUAGCUUCGCUUCAGAUUCCUCCUGAGUACAAGUAUGCUAGGGAUUUGUUUAGAGUCUGCGACGCGAAUCGAGAUGGGCGUGUGGAUUAUCACGAGUUUCGUCGAUACAUUGACGCUAAGGAGCUUGAGCUUUACAGGAUUUUCCAGGCCAUUGAUGUUGCUCACAAUGGCUGCAUUCUCCCUGAGGAGCUUUGGGAAGCUCUUGUUAAAGCUGGCAUUGAAAUCGAUGAUGAGGAACUCGCUCGAUUUGUGGAGCAUGUUGAUAAGGACAACAAUGGAACUAUAACAUUCGAAGAGUGGAGAGAUUUUCUUUUGUUAUACCCUCAUGAAGCCACCAUUGAAAACAUAUAUCAUCACUGGGAAAGGGUGUGCUUGAUAGACAUUGGGGAGCAAGCUGUUAUACCGGAUGGUAUAAGCAAACAUGUCAAAAGAAGCAGAUUACUUCUCGCUGGAGGACUAGCUGGAGCUGUUUCUAGAACUGCAACUGCACCUUUAGAUCGUUUGAAAGUUGUUUUGCAAGUUCAAAGGGCACACGCAGGGGUCCUCCCGACCAUUAAGAAGAUUUGGAGAGAAGAUAAGUUGAUGGGUUUCUUCAGAGGUAAUGGGUUAAAUGUCAUGAAGGUUGCUCCUGAAAGCGCCAUUAAGUUUUGUGCUUACGAAAUGCUAAAACCUAUGAUUGGGGGAGAAGACGGUGAUAUUGGUACAAGCGGGAGGCUUUUAGCUGGUGGAAUGGCUGGUGCAAUUGCCCAAACCGCUAUUUACCCUAUGGAUCUCGUGAAGACUCGGUUACAGAUUUGUGUAAGUGAAGGUGGAAAAGCACCAAAGUUGUGGAAGCUCACAAAGGAUAUAUGGGUGAGAGAGGGACCUCGGGCAUUCUACAAGGGUCUAUUUCCUUCUCUUCUUGGGAUUAUCCCUUAUGCAGGAAUCGACCUCGCUGCAUAUGAAACGCUAAAAGACUUGUCCAGAACAUACAUUCUUCAUGACACCGAACCAGGUCCUCUAAUACAGCUCAGCUGCGGAAUGACAUCAGGAGCUCUUGGAGCAUCAUGCGUUUACCCGUUACAAGUCGUAAGAACAAGAAUGCAAGCGGAUAGUUCAGAGACGACGAUGAAGCAAGAGUUUAUGAAAACGAUGAGAGGCGAAGGUCUUAGAGGUUUCUAUAGAGGACUCUUACCUAAUCUUCUCAAAGUAGUUCCAGCAGCAAGCAUCACGUACAUUGUUUAUGAAGCUAUGAAGAAAAAUAUGGCUCUUGAUUAG